AAAGAAUGAGAAAAUGUAAAGGAGUGGCACGUUUGCUGGGGAAGUGUGCAUAGCUAUCUCAGAGGAAGCAAUUUGCAGCUCAAACAUGGAAGGCAAGAAAGAGGAGCUGAAGACGAUGGUUUCAUCACAACAACCACCAGAUAUCCAACUCAUCAAUGUUGAUGUUAAACACUACUCUUCUCCUGAUGACUUAGAGACCUUUUACGUCAAACUCACUGACCUUUUGGACUCCUCUGGUUUCACUCUCAUUUUGAAUGUCCGAGAAACAUGCUUAGACUUGUACCAGUUUUACUUGGAGGUCACCAAAAGAGGAGGUUAUCACCAGGUUGGUAAAGAAAAGAAAUGGGGUGAAAUUGUGUCUGCUCUAAAACUGGAAGGAAACAAUGCAAAAUUAUGUCUUCAACUUGAAAAGCUCUAUGCAAAUCUUCUUUACAAAUUUGAGAAAUUUUACUUCUACAGGUUUCCUGCUUCUCAAACUCCAUCUGCCACCACCAAAGGUUCACCUAAAAGGAAACAGAGCUCAACCACUAGUUUAUCCCAACUAAUGGAUGAUGGAGAUUAUCCAACAGCGGCAAAUAUCUCCAAGGACUACCCUUUCAAAAUGACAGCAAUACCUGAAGUGCUCCUGCAAACACCAUCAAAGGACAAAGAAAAGAAGAAAAAUCGAGGUGUUCCAAUAGGACGAAGUGGAUAUCAAAUUUUCCUCAAGCAGGAAUGUGCCCGAUUAAAAGCUUCUCGUCAGGAUAUAGAUGGAAAAACACUCAUGCGCGUGGCUGUUGAUGGAUGGAAUAACUUGUCAGACAUUGAUAAACAGCCAUAUUUGGAAGAAAGCAAGAAGAUAAAGGAACAAAAGAAGGAAGCAAUGAUGAAUGAAUAUAAUAAACAGAAGAGCACUCAAGAUCUUAACAAGGAUGGAAAGAAGCCUAAUCUGUGCAAUGGUGACUACUACUGUGUAACUUUGCAACCUCAAGCAAAUGACCCUCUCGUGAACAAUGCAGCAGUGGACCUGGCUUCUAAAAUGACAGAAAAGACAUCUAAGGAUCCCUUCUUCCCAUUUGAUUUGGAUGCUUAUCGUUCAGUAGAUUUGCUAACUGGAUAGCAACCGGAGAACCCAAAUAACUGUACUAGUUAUUGGGCAAGUCUUUUUUGGUUUUUGAGGCAAUGUUAUUGCCUGUAAUGCAUCAAGUGCUUUCCCUUUUUGUGACUCAAACCAAGCUAAGCUGCAUUUAUAGUUUUGAAACAGCAACAACCAAGUUUGAUGAAUAGACAUCAAUGUUUUGCACUAGUGAAGUCAAGUAUGUGCAUAUAACUUACAAAGACUUGUGCUGUAAUGCAAAAUUUUGUUGGCAUGGUUGCCAAUUUUCUUUGUAGAAAUCUAAUCUACCUUUCUGUUUAA